AUAUGUGUCAAAGAGGUGCGGCCAAGACAGUCAAAAGGGAAAAUGGAGAGGAAAAAGUUCCACCCUCACUAAUGCAAAGAUUGCUUUCGCUAGAGCAUGGGGUUGGUGCAGCUGCCUCUGACACUGGAUGGAAUCUAUAUGGGACUAUUAUCCUGCUGGAUUUGCGUUUUGUUUUAGGGCUACAACGUAAUGUAUUGGAAAAGCGAACAAAUGUUGGCUUGCCCCGAGGUGGAUGACAUUGAAAAUGGGUUUAACUCGACCUUCGACAGCACGGGCACAUCGGAUUACAUUUUUGGAGAUGAGUCGUAUUCACCAUCUUCGUCUUUGUCUUCCUUGACACCGCAGACUAUGGCAUCAGCCUCUCUGGGGAAAAGCCUUUGUACAAGUUGUGGUUUGGAGAUAGUUGACAAAUACCUACUCGAGGUGAACAACUUGUGUUGGCACGUGAACUGCCUCUCGUGCAGCAUGUGCCAAACUCCUCUAGGAAGACAUGUCAGUUGCUACAUCAAAGACAAGGUGGUUUUCUGCAAACUCGACUACUUCAGGAAGUAUGGAACUCGCUGUGCCCACUGUGGCAGGAACAUGCACUCCAAAGACUGGGUGAGGAGAGCAAAGGGCAACACCUACCACCUGGCCUGCUUCGCCUGCUUCUCCUGCAAGCGCCAGCUCUCCACGGGGGAGGAAUUUGCCCUGGUGGAGGAGAGGGUGCUGUGCCGAAUCCACUACAACUGCAUGCUGGACAACCUGAAACAGGCCAUGGAAAGUGGUGUUACUUUAGAGGGAGCCCCACCAUCAGAGCAAGAAGGGUCUCAUCCCAAACCAGCUAAGAGGGCUCGCACUAGCUUCACCACAGACCAGCUACAGGUGAUGCAGGCCCAGUUUGCACAGGACAAUAACCCAGACGCUCAGACCCUCCAGAAGCUGGCAGAGAGGACUGGCCUCAGUCGCAGGGUCAUUCAGGUUUGGUUCCAGAACUGUCGAGCACGUCAUAAGAAGCAUGUGAGCCCUCAGCACCAUGUGCCAUCUGCAGCGAUGUCGUCACUACAGCAGUCCAGGCUUUCUCCGUCUCUUAUGGAGGAUCUACACUACACAUCCUACAUACCAACAGACACACCCGUGCUUACAGCACUACACACUUACAUGGAUGUGCACUCUCCCUCCUCCCUGGUGUUCCAGCCUCUUUUAUACCAUUCCAUGACACAGCUGCCAAUCAGCCAUGCCUGAUCUUCACAUCCCGCACCCUGCAGAACCGGCCCUUACCAUUGGUUAGAAUGCUGAGGAGCCAAUGCGAAAGCCCUGUCCAUUAAAGGGUGGGGUGCAAAAUGAUUUGCUAUGGGAAUUUAUCGAAGGAGAUCAAAUUCAGAUGUAAAAUAAGGUUAAUAUGUAAACUUGUUGAUGAUGUAUUGUA